AUGUUCCUCUCAGUCAUCCUCCUUGGCCUGGUGGUAGGCAUAUCAUCUAUCGGGCCAGUCAUUGCGCAGGCAACCUGCAACGGCCAGUCUGCAUACUGCGACCGCAGCUACUCCAACGUCACCCAAGUUGGCUCCCACGACAGCCCCUUCGUCGGGUUGCUCCCCUCUGAUAACCAGAACGUCAAUAUCACCGAGCAGCUGGACCUUGGGAUCCGAUUCCUACAGGGCCAAACUCACAAGUCCUUGGUGGACGAAACCAUCCUCCUCUGCCAUACGUCGUGCCUGCUUGCGGACGCGGGCACUUUGGAAUCCUACUUGGCCACAGUCAAGUCCUGGCUAGACAGCAACCCGGAUGAGGUGGUGACCCUCCUCCUCACAAACGGUGACAGUCUUCCAGUGGCACAGUUCGGCGACGUCUUCACCGGCGCCGGAAUCACAGAAUAUGCGUUCGUCCCGAGUUCGUCCCCGAGCACCCUAGCCAUAGAUGCGUGGCCAACCCUACGGGAGCUGAUCGGGAAUGGCACGCGGUUGGUGGCUUUCCUAGAUUAUGGCGCCGAUGCUUCGACCGUCCCGUACAUCCUCGAUGAGUUCGCCUACUUCUUCGAGACGGCCUAUGAUGUGACGGAUGCUUCCUUCUCCAACUGCAGCAUUGACCGGCCCGCCGGUGCGUCGGCCACCGGACGCAUGUACAUUGUCAACCACUUCUUGGAUGUCGACGUCUUGGGCAUCCUGAUUCCCGAUCGGGAGCGUGCACCUGAGACCAACGCCGUGUCGGGAGAUGGCAGCAUUGGAGCCCAAUCCGACCUGUGCGAGUCCAUGUAUAGCCGGCUGCCCAACUUCCUUCUCCUGGAUUUUGUCGACCAGGGCGAGCCGAUCGCGGCGCAGAGCGCUCUGAAUGGCGUAUAG